AGUCGGUUCUUCAAUUUCUCAGUUUAAAUUUUCUACUCUACUAUUACGCCACGUAAAGUCGCACAAUUUGAUGAAAAAACUUUUAUUUUCGGCUUGUACUAAUUACGUUUACCCUUUUGUUGUUCCAAUAUAAUGCUUAAAAUGGCCCAAAAAAGAUAUUUCGUAAAUUUGGAGGCAGUUCCUUCUUUAUUACAUGUAUAGAUAUUUGUUGUCUCUAUUUUUUUUCUAAACACCUUAAUGAAUUCAUUUAUUUCGGUGUAUUCAUUUUGCAGAAAAUCCAUUUGGUGAAACUCACCGAGAAGUUUGGGCUUUGUGAGGUUUUCAAUGAAUGUCGAUAUAUGCUGAUGCUGUAUUGUAUUCAAAUAGUCGUCUGAAUCAAUUAAUGCCCCCACAUUUUCCAUUUUGAGCAUUUCAUACUGAUUCUUGAGUGUAGCCCUAGCCAUAAAGCCCUUAUCACUGAUUCUUCAAUUGCAAGAUUGAUAUGGUAUCGAAAGCCUUUGCUUUGGUUAAAUUAUUAUUUUCAUCGCACCAUUUGCUCUCAUUUCCCGGGGAAUCAGUUUCAAAACCUUUGCUGGUCUUCACGACUGCCACGUAUUCGACGGAAAGUCCAACCCAAGUUGAAGUUGUAGACCACCCAAAAAACUCCAUUGAUGUUCUGAGGAAAUGGGGUUGUAGUGAUGAUGAUAUAUUGAAGAUAAUUGUCCGCCGCCCAUAUUUAGGCCAGGCCGACAUUGCCAACCUACAAUCAAAACUUAACAUGCUCAGUGGCUUGGGUAUUGGAGCUCAUGAUCUUGUGAAGAUGAUCAAUUCUAGCCCCAGGUUUCUAAGUUUUCGAAUAAAUCGUUGCUUUGAUGAGCGGCUUGAAUUUUUUAUGACAUUGUUUGAGUCAAGGAAAUUGCUUGCUAAAGCUAUUGUUAGGGACCCUUCACUUUUAACGUAUGACUUCAAUAACAGGAUCAAGCCUGCUUUUGCGCAGUAUCAAGAGCUGGGUGUUAGUAGAAAGGACUUGAUUCCUAUGCUCCUUUCCCGGCCCACCAUGAUACCUCGAACUUCAUUUGAUGAAGAGAAAAUGGAAUAUAUUCGCAAAACUGGGAUUUCCAAGGAUUCCAAGAUGUAUAAAUAUGUUGUCACGAUCAUCAGCAUCUCACGCCACGAAACAAUACGUCAAAAGCUGGGAAAUUUUGAAAAGUUUGGGUUUUCAGAAGAUGAAAUCUUCAAUCUUUUUGGGAGAUCCCCCCUUAUGUUGACACUAUCAGUUGAUAAGGUACAGAGGAACAUGACUUUCGUUCUGGGCACGAUGAAGCUUCCUGCCAGUGUGGUCCUUCAGUAUCCAUUUCUAUUGUACUCUAACUUGGAAACUGUUUUAAAGCCGCGAGUCCUUCUUGCAGGGAAGAUAGAUGACAUGGGUCUUGAUUCACAGAUUAAGGGACCCACAAUGCUUAGGGCACUGAGGAUGACAGAGAUGAGGUUCUUAAAGGUUUUUGUCAAGUGUCACCCAAAAGAUGUUGCUGAUGAAUUGUUAGAGUUCUAUAAAUGCGCCAAAGGGAUCAAGCGAUUGGCAGAAGCCUCAAAGAAAAACAUUGGCGUGGGAUUCCCAUUUUGAAGUUUUGUUCACCGGCUGCAUUGUAUUCAGCCGCUGGAAUCCAUGUUAGUAUACUUUCCUGUCUCAUUAGUUUUUUAUAAUACGAGAGCUUUUGACACACUGCAGCCUUCUCUCUGUGUGUGAUUGCACCUGAUGUGCAGACUUUGAUUAUCCCAGUUAAGGUAUUCUUUAGGGCCGGUCUUGGUCUCUUUGUAGAACUCUGUUUGAACAUACAGAACUUGACCCAAUUGGCCCAAUAUAAUUACCAUUUUUUUUAUAAGAAUGCACUGCAAGUUGAUUUUAGCUUUUAUAGUUGAUAUUAUUUACAGUUUUGGACAGUCGUAAUGAAUUUAAACAAAUGUUUGUCAUACAUUUCAUACAAGCUGGGAAGCAGGAAAUAUACAAUUCAUUAAGUACAAUGGAUUGAACAUGUAAUGGAGCAUCCUCCAUGUGUACACGAAAAGAAGAUGAAGACAAUGCUGAGGUUGCUAGAGAAUGAGCUGCAACAUUAGCCAACCCUUUUGGCAUGAAUAGAAUGAGCUGAACGAAAUUGUUUCAGCUUAGCAUUGUCAAUUAAUUGUCCAUAACUUCAUAGUUUCCAACACACCAAAAGUUUCUGCAGCAACUGGUUCCAAUUGGAUCUUCAGAGGUUUUUCUAAAUGAGCGAUAUCAGGUGGUAACCAUCUGGUAACAGUUCUGGACAUUGAUUGGGACGACAUUCUCAUACGCUGGAGCGCUUUAUACAGAUCAUAAGAUUGUUGAGAGAAUUAACUAUUUCAUUUGGAUGUGAAAUCUUGAUAAGUGAUGGUUAGUACGAUAAUAAUGCCCGAUCUACACCCCAUGGCCCAGUUUUGGGGAUUUGUUCUUUCUUACUGUGCACAUCUUUUUAUCCCAUUCAGUUAUUAUUUGCCUCUGACUCUUUCUCGCCCUUUCCAUGUUCUAUCUUACGGUUCUGGAUACACAGUCUGGCAGGUUAGUAACCCCAAAGGAGAUGGUUGAAUAUCCUAUUUUUAAUCCUUGUCAAGUUUGAUGAAACAACAGCUCUUAUGGCAUCAUAUUGGUAGGAACUCUUGGUCAAUAAAUAUAAGUGAAACUUGAUAUUAAAAAGUUGUCUUUCUCCA